GUCUUGCCCACCUCUGAUGCCUGCAGUCCCUUUGUGAUGUCAGGACCCACCUGGUCCUGGCCCUUUAUGAUGCGUCACUGGAACAAACAGCCCCUCAGGUGAGAUCCAGCCACAGCAGUAGCAGGGAGUGUAGUGUCUCCACCCCCAGUGCGCGUCCAGACUGUCCUCCCCAGCAUGUUUGACGCGGGAGUGGGGAUCAUGCAGAGCUGGUUCUGUGCCUGCUUUGACAGCUCCUGGGUGUUGUACACCUGCGUCCUUCUGGUCCUGGUCAUCUGGGUGGCCAUCGUGACUCAGCACAGCUUCUCCUGGAGAAGCAGGAUGGCUCUUCUGGUCAGCAGGCUCCGGUGGAGGGGGAUGGAGGACGAGGGAGAAGGUGCAAAGAAGCAGCGGGUGAAACAGCCGCGUGACCGGCUGAGCUGGAACCCCCCACGCCACGCUCGCCGAGCUGCCAGGCGCCGCUCCAUCCGCCAGCUGCUGUGUGACAACUCAGACUGUGCCCUGUGCAACGAGGCGGCCUGGCAAGCCGAGCAGCUGGUAUACGCCGACAGGGCCAGCGCAUGGGUCCCUGCCGGGCCAAGGUCACCUCCUGCUCCCGCCUCCCACUCCAAAGGGAGAAACUUGCUGGGUAGAUCUAUGUGGAGAGGCCUGGAUGUGCUGCAGUGGUGCCGCUCUAGGACAUGUAUAGGAGACCAGGUCCUCCCACCUGCGCAGGGCCACUUCCCACCCAGCAAGUCCCGUUCCCCUCCCGAGCGCCAGGCAGGCAGCCGGAAAACGGAGCGCCGCCCACCGAGGGAGGAUGAGGAGGGGCUGUCCUGCCCACAGCAAGUCAAAGGCUCCUCCACGGAGCAGGACGAAUGUCUCUUCUGCUCCUCUCUCUGGGAUGAGACUCUCCUUCGCGGGCAAGAGCAGGCCCAGAGCUCCUCUUCUCUACAGCAUGAGCCGCUCCUACUCGCUUGGGAGCUGAGAACUGGAUCGAGCCAGCAUGAGCCAUUUCUUCCCAGGCAUGAGGAGUACCCCAGCCCCGCUCCUGCCCAGCACGAGCCCUUCCCUCCAAGCCAAGCGGAAUGUGGCUGGGUCGGGAGUUUCCUGCGCAGAGGCAGAGCAAGGAGCCCCCAGGCCGCUCCCCAUUGGCAGGCGCAUCGCCCCGAUUGGGUGCCGUUUCUGGCCAAGUCCCCAGGCGGGACCAGGAUGUCAGGGCAGGAGGCCAAACGGCAGCGAGACCGAGAAAGCACAGCACCCAGAGCCACGGGGGAAGCUCCGAGGUCUCUGCCUGGGAGACCCCUGGUGCAGGUCAGCCCUGGAGCCCUGCGUGUGGCCGGCAGGCUCGAAUUGGCCGAAGCGGAGACCCCCUUCCUCCAACGUGACGUCAGGGCGAGUCUCGAGCGGCACGUCCAGGUGAAGAGGCUGCAGCACACCCUGGGGCUGCCCUGCACCCUGCAGAGCGCUUUGAAGAUCUUCAUGCCCCCAGCACCGAAACCCAUCGCACGCAAACCCUCGGGGGCAGGCAGGGUGGUGACGAUGCCACAGGCCCUGCCCUUCCUGAGCGUCGGCUCCAGGACAGAGCUGGAGCGGCAUCUGCAAAGGAUGGUGCAUCUGAAGAGAUGGGGGCUGCCCAGGAGGAUCCAGGAGUCCUUGAGGCUGCUGAUGCCAGCCACACCUCCACACCCCCGGCUCGGCCCCCUGCCGUCUGGGAAAUGGGCUCCAAGGGGGCCAGGCCCAGUGACAAGGGCAGCCCAGACGCCCGGCCUCAGAGCUAGAGCCCCAGCCCAGGCCUCCCAGAGCCCCGCCAGAGUGUCCAAAUCUGCGCCCGGCUCGCACUGCUGCAGAGACACUCGGGAGCUGCAGGGGCACAUUGCCAGGAAGGGCUUGGAAAUCAGACUAGGCGCGCUGCCUGCCGUGCUGAGGAGCUCUCAGAAAAUGGCUGCCCUGGGGCGCAGAGACCUGCUCCUGCCUAAACUGAUCCCCCCAGGCUGCAAGGCCCCCCUGGCCCGCCACCGGCUCUGCCCCCUGCUCAGCUGCAAGACGGGCAGCGUGGAGCUCAACGUGAGACACAAGCACAUCCAGUAUCUCCCCACCCUGUACGCGGAGUCCCUGGCCAAGAUGGUGCCCUGCCCGCCCGUGCCACCCGCCCCCCUGCUGCCCCUGGGUGUGGCCAUCGAGCUCUGCCCCCUGGAAACCCCCUUCAUGGCCCCCAAGGGCCGGGAGCUGCUGGAGAGGCAUGUCCUGAGGAAGUGGCUGCAGCACGAAUGGGGCCUGCCGGGCCUGGUGUGGCGAUCGCUGAGGUGUUUCAUGCCACCCCCGCCCACGCGCCCCAGGCCCAAGAGGAGCGAACGGCCGGCAGCCAUGGAGCUCCGUGUCAGCAGCGGGGCCCCUCCCAUCCCUCUGGCCACCAAGAGAGAGCUGGAAGCCCACAUCCGGCGGAGGGUGGCCGAGAGGAGGUGGGGGCUCCCCAGGAGGGUGCAGGAGUCCCUGCGGGGCUUCAUGCCUCCCACGACCGCAGCUCCGGGGACACAUCCAGACACGCAAGGCAGAAGGGCCAGCCGGCCGCUCAGGGGGCUGUCAGCGAGAAGGGCUCCAAGAGAAUCACCCUCCAGGGUGGCACCCGUGGGCCCCACAGCGGUGGCUGUCUCCUUAGCCGGGCCCCUGGGAACUGCAUGGCGCCAGCAGCUCAGCCGGGACACGUGCCACCAGCUGCUGGAGAGACAUGUGACCAGGAAAAACAUAGAGAUCCGUCUGGGCCUGAUCCCCCGCAGGGCCCAACACUCACAGGAAGCCGCCCGCCGGGUGGGAAAGCUCCCCUUGCCCCGGCUGAUUCAGCCGGGCCAGAGAUCCCUGGAGCUGCGGCCCCGGGAGCUGCUCUUCCUGGAGCAGGCGGCCUCGGAUCACCUGGAGCUCAACCUUCUCCACAAGCACCUGAGCUUCAGGUGGGGGCUGCCCACGCUCUACCGACAGUCCCUGGCCAAGCUCUCCCGCGCAGCUGGGACCGAGUUCACGGAGCAGGAGCUGCCCUUCCUCCCACCGGGAGCCCGGGAGGAGCUGGAGCUGCACGUCAGGAAGAAGAGGCUGCAGCACGAGUGGGAGCUGCCUCUGAUCAUCCAGAAAUCCAUGCGGGGCCUGAUGGCGGCUCCCCCCGGCCCCGGCCAGCCCAAGGCCCCUCCACCAGCUGAUGGGGACGUGGCCGUUCUCCAGCCCGAGCUGUCCUUCCUCAGAGAGGGCAGCAGACGAGAGCUGGAGCUCAGCCUCCGCAAGAGACUCAUGCACCGGCGUUGGGGGCUUCCCAGGAGGAUCCAGGAGUCGGUGUGGCUGCUCCAGCCUGCCUCAGCCCCUGCGGAGUUCAGGCCUCGCAGCUGUACAGAAAAGGAUGCAGAGGGGCCUUUCCUGCUGCCCUGGCACAAGAGCACCGUGCACCUGGAGCGGGGCGUGGGGAAAGCCAGGAGAGUUGUCACUGCUCCCCACCCGUGGCUCAGCCUGGGAUGUGACGCUCAGGAACAGCUGCAGAUCCACGUGGCAAAGAAAUGUGUGGAGACCCGUCUGGGGGCUGUCCCCGCUGCAGUGAGACACUCUUGGCAAAGGCUGCAUCUCGUGUCCUGGCUGCCCCUCCCCAAGCUGAUCCCUGCUGGGGACAGGGCCCCGAAAGCCAGGAACCCCCUGCUGCCCUUCGUACACCCGGAGGACGUCUGCCACCUCGAGUUGAAUGUGCAGCACAAACAUCUCACGGCCCUGUGGGGCCUGGGCACUCUCUACUCCCAGUCCCUCAGCAGGAUGGUCCCCAGGGCGCCCCCUGGGCCGGUUCCACCCCGUGAGGCUGAAGUCGAGUUCUGGGCACAGGAGGCUCUGUUCCUGGGCCCGGAGGCCAGAGAGGCCCUGGAGCUGCACGUCAGGAAGAAGAGGCUGUAG